AAGCGCGCCAAACGUCAGCAAAGCUCUGUACUGUUGACGGGCGACGACUCAAGAUGAAUUACAACCAUUUCCCUUGGUGCUUAUUCACUUGCGACGUUCAUGGCGAUAUUUAAGAGGACUUUUCGCCAUGGAGGUAGACCUAUUGGAAUUCUGGGUUCCUGUGGAGUCGAACAAGACUUUGUUUGUGUGGAACAUCACGCCGGAAUUCACCGAGGCGCACAUAUACGAGCGCUUGCACGCGGUCUUCUCGUCCUACGGUCCCCUGUACCUAUUGAAGGUGCGUCCUAACGCCCCGCUGAGCACGCCUGGUUUCAACGCCAUAAUCAAGUUCUACUCGGCGGCUCAGGCUCGCAAAGCCCAGCAGAACACGGAUAGACGCGCCCUCUUCCAAACCACGCCACUCACGGUGAGGCUGAGCUCCAAACAGACUCCUCACUUCCUGUUGGGGAGCAGACCUCUGACCCACGCACGCUGCGUGGAGUUGGCCAAUCAUUGCCUCGGAUUCAACGGAUGGACGUGUGACAUCAUCACACUGAAGGAGCUUCCCGCUGAGGAUGUCGAUGAAGAUGAAGCAGGUGGCCGGGUGCGUGUGAAGCUGGGCUGCGUGGUCCAGAUCUCCUUCCCGCAUCACGGCGUGACCACGCGAGGAGCCGCCGUGGUGGAGGACGUGUUUGAGCGUGAGGGUCCUGAGAUGAUGCUGCAAAAGCGUCGCAGCCUGCACAAGCUGGUGCGAGACAAAGCGGCGGCGCAGGCCUUCUCCACUGUGGUGCUGGUUCUGCUAGGUGAGGGUAAAGUCAUGGUGGAGCUGCGAUGCUCAGCAGAACAUCUGUUCCUUGAGGAACCUGAAGGACUCAUCCAGGUUCACGACCGGGAUCAGGAGCAGGUGGAGAACCUACCUGCUGAUGAAGACCUGUGGGAAAAUGAAGACCUGGACCUGUCUGUGUGGUAGACUCGCCACAUACUUUGAGCAACUUCCCCAAUUCAAGGUUUUGUUUUUUUGAUGCAUUUCAACAUUGUUUCAUCUGACGAAUGACGAUACAGUGCUGCCUUAAGAUACGAGUUUAAUUUGUUCCUUGUCCACACUUGAAUCUAAAAACACUCGUGAUCUCUAUUUAUUGAAAUGGAUGCGAAUGCCUUUGAUCCAAAACACGACCAGACAUGUAUUUUUUGUUCCUGAGGAAUGGCCCACUUCAUCACAUUUGCAAUACUGAAUGAAACAUAAAACACACUC